UUCUCCCAGAAUGCAUCAGGGCCACCAAUACAGAAUGACCCAUCCUGCUCAAACAGAUGCAAGUAUUUUCCGUGGGCGUCUGCGAGUCCUCUGCUGCCCGGCGCUUCAUGCAAUAUGUGACUGUGAGAUGAAAUCACAAACAUUGCAACUGUAGUCGACUCCCACUGCCCGGGCAGCACAGACGGGGCAUUAUGUGGUGGAGUACCAGCUGGUACCAGGGGCUCCUCAUCCUCCGCGGGACUUCAUGUGUUGGUGCCUCUGAGAUUAGGACAUGGAACUGAUGCUGAGGAGCAAACCUGUGAGCGGUUUCUUUGGAUGCGUCGUCGUCAUCAUCGGUUACUUUUUUGCAAUUAGUGCGGCUCAAAGACUUUGCUCGGUGCCUCCUGGUCCAGUGACGGUUUCUGAAAACAGCACAGCCGACGUGCAGCUGGUGCAGAUCAACUCUGGCAGUGAUGUGACGCUCAAAGUCACGGUGAACCCUGAGGGUCUGUUCUACCUGAGAGGAAACCUCCUGAUGGCGAAGAAGGGACUCGAUUAUGAGUCGUUGCCCAGUGCAGCUCUGGUGGUGUGGGUGCAAUGCAGCAGAACUGGUUCCAGAUCUGUGAACGAGUCUGUUGAAGUCCUGGUUGAAAAUGUGAACGACAACCCUCCAAACUUCGCACAAAACCACUACGUGCUGGAGGUGAACGAGCUCACGGCGAUCAACACCAGCGUCGGGCUGAUCGAAGCGACAGACGUGGACUCAGCGCCUCUGUUCUAUCGUUUAGAGUCGGCGACGGUAAGAACAUGUGAUGAUGCAUUUUUCCGUCUGGAGAACAUCAACAUGCCAAAGAUCCUUGUAAAGAGCCUCCUGGACUACGACGUCGUACAAAAGAUCUCGCUGGUUUUACACGUGCAGGACACGUUCAACGGCUCGGCCUCCAACGAGCCGUUCUUCACGUCGGUGGCCACCAUCACGGUCAACGUGAAGGACGUCGAUAACCGGCCGCCGUGGUUUCAGCCGUGUCUGAGGACAAAUUUAGGAAUCGCCAAACUGUGUGUGAGCAGCGGCUACAGAGGCAAGGUCAACCUGACGGAGAAAGAGGAAGGACCAUUAGUGCUGGAGCCCGGGCCGGUGUUCGCUAAGGACGGAGACAAGAACAGGAGUGAGCAGAUCAGCUACAGAAUACUGCGAGGAAACGAAGGAAACAUUUUCCACAUUGAUGAAGAAACAGGAAACAUCACCAUGGCAAAAGCUGCUGAUAUUAUCGGCCCGAUAACGCUCACCGUUCUGGCAUCUCAGGUGACCAACAGGGACCAGUUUGCAGUGACUCAGGUGACCAUUGAGGUGAUGAAGAGGAGCAGGAAUCCUCCACGGUUUGAGAAGGAGCGAUACGAAGGGUUCAUCUACAGCAACUCCGUCCCUGAAAGCAUGAUCCUCCGAGACCGGAGCACAAACCGGCCCUUCAGGGUGCGAGCGCGGGACGAGGACUUUGCUAGUGGUGUGAACCCAGAUGUGAAGUACGAGGUCCAGUACAGCAGCUACGUCAACGUGACCUCGGACGGUUUCAUGGUCCUGAAGAGAGUUGUGAAGACGGAGUCCUUCGCGCUGCAGCUCCGGGCGGUGGACUCAACGACGGGGGAGUUUGGCACAGCAGCCGUCUCUGUCCAGGUCAUACCGGCCAUGGCCAUUCCGUCUCCCUCCAACAUCGGCUACCGUCCAGGAGACAUGGCUCUCCUGGGUCUGGUCAUGGCGGCUCUGCUCGUGCUCUGCCUCAUUGUGAUCGGCUUUUUGAUUUCCCGCUUGUGGAAGGGAAACGGCAGCAUGGACAAACUGUGUGGGUGCCUGGGCCCCUGUCUGAAGUUGGACCGGCCCCGGACCGGGCACAGGGACUCGCUGCAGUACACCAACAACGGCUUCCAGAACGAGGGCGACCAAAGCCGUGUGGGCGUCAGGCGCUGGAACAACCCUCUCCCAAGGCGGAGCACUUUCCCCCAGCCACGGGGCCGGGUCAUCCCCCUGGAGAGGCGGAGCCACCACUGCUCCUCCUGUGGCGUCUACACCAACCACGUCCCCAAGGGGAGCCCCUCAACGAGGAGGGCCUGGAGGGACAGAGGAGACGGGGACGAGUACGGCACAAGGUCCAUCCUGACCAGGCAGAGGAGAAAGGAGGGCCAGAAGACAGUGUGGUUCAAAGAGAGCGAGGACUCCUCAGACAUCGAGGUGGAGAUAAUCCCGGACACUGUAGGCCAGGUGUUGGAGGAGACAGAGGAGGAGCUGGAGGGGGAGGCGGAGAUGGAGGGGGUUGUCAGAGACCCGGCUGCCCCGCUGAGAGAGGAGGAGGUCCAGAACGCCGAGCCCAGUGAGGAGGAGGAGGACUGUGGAAGAACAAGCUCAGAUAAGGAGAAGGAGAAGCAGGAGGGCUGACCACAAGGGUCAGAGUUCGAACUCAAGUCAGAACGCUGUUUGUUUUGUUGUCACAGUCCAGGACGACACUUAGAGCCUCGUUUCCACCAAGCGGUACAGUGCAGUUCAGCUCGUGGCGGUAAACCCUGAUCUGCAGACUGUGUUUGUCUGACGGGCCAUAAGUGUAGCGUGAGCCGCGCCAAUCAAUUCCACGCCACGCCGUAAAAAAGAACCACAAUGAACGACCGUGGCUGUUUUAUCGCAAGAAGACAAGCUCUGUUUGAGAGGCUGGACAGAAAAACACAAAACAUUUUUAUUCCCAGACUUCAGUCAUGACUUUCAGUUGACCAAUCAGCACACUGCAGUGGUUUUUGCUCCACCCACCCUGUAGGAACUGGGACUGAUUACGAGCCAGUGGACCUCUGGGCACAGACAGGAAAAUUCAUUGUUUUUUGUUUUUUUUUCAAAUGAAUGCAACGCGCUUCAGUACAAAAUCACCAUAGAAACACUUGAAAAUCUUGAGCAAAGAAGAUGGAAGAUGUUAUAGCUGCAAAAGUGACCGACUCCAUAUUAAAGUCCUGUAUUUAAAUACAUCAUUACGUCCAAAUACUUUUUGUCCAUAUAGUGUAUAUCACGUAGCAUAACAGCUGAAAUAUUGGGAUGAAUAACAUAGUAGUGAAGAUAUUGGGAUUGUAGCGCAGAGGCUUGGGCUUCAGGGCCCCCCUGAGCCCUUGGGCCCCUGGGCCCGUUCUUGUGUAGGAACCGGACCAAUGUGCUCGUACGCCAACAGAUUUGGCAGAAACUGGGACGGAACAAAACAAAAAAAACAAAUAGUUGCGUGACUUACCACACUGGACGGACUUGUACUGCUUGGUGGAAACAGGGCUAAAGAGCGUGGUCAAGAAUCCUAACGACGUUCUGCUUUGCUAUUGCGAGUGUCGCGGAUUCUGAGGCGGCGACACAACUGAACUUGGGUUUGAACAAGGACCGUAAAUAAGAAUUGAACGUCGCCUUCUGGUUUGAAAGGUGACGCCUAUAAGAUGUACGGGGCACAAGUCUCCACGCGACUCUGUGGGAAAAUUAGCUUCUCACUUGGUUUAUUAUGUUACGUCAAUAUUUUUAAUCACUACUUUCAGCUCAGAACAUGUUAUUUUUUGUAAAUGACGUUUCCAUCUCGAGGAAAACAAUAAGUCUCAGCACAUGUGAGUGGAUGCCAGUGUGAUUGACAGCUGGUGUCUUCCAUUAGUCACCUGGUUGCAGGUGACGUCUGUGAAUUUGCAUAUUUGUGUGUCGUCGUUGCGAAUCUGUCUCACCCUCAGCUUUUUACUAAACUCCACAUUUCCUGAAUACUAAACAGCUGACAUGACUUUUUUUAUUUGGACUAUUUUAUUCAGUGUGUGUGUGUGUGUGUGUGUGUGUGUGUGUG